AUGGGAUACGUCCUGGUUCAAUAAGAGCUGUAAUACGCAGAACUACCCUUCCAGCAGCCUUCAAAUGCACUAAGAAACUGUUGAUUCUCGUUAAAAAGGGCUGGGGUUAUAAAAGUGAAACUAGAAAAAGGGGUUUGUAAUGACAUGAAAUAAAGUACUUCAUUGAAAAGGCCAAAAAGUUUCCUUCUUCAAUAAAUGUGCUUUUCUGUAUCACUUUGAUGAAAGAACAAUCGUCUCAGGUCACAAAAACUUCACCAUAUCAACCAUGGAAAAAAGGUUUAGUCAAGCCCUAUCAGGGAGCGUUUAAGGUGUUUUUUUUGCCAAACUUGUAUCAACGUAAUCAAGGGUGUAGCCAACCCAGGGCCUACAAAUUUUUGGUUUGAUCACUCUUUUGUUUGUAAUAAAUUGAGCGUUCUUGGGGUGAGUUAAAAAGCUUCAGAGCUCAAAGUGUUGGUGAAGUCAGUGCGUACUAGUUAUGCGUGCAAUUCUCAGGAUAUGUGGAAAUGAAAGUCAGCCAGGCCUACAACUAAUCGAAAAACUGGCUACACCCCUGGUCUUGAAAUUUAUGUUCACUUCUUUAAAAACCAACGAGCGACUGUUAUAAGGAAAGAGACGUGACACGCAGCCCGCAGUUUCCACGUUGACACUUUUGGAGAGCUUUUUUAGCAGAGCAUUGUCGAAUUUUAACAUGUCGAAAAACACGAUCUUAUUGGGGAAGAACGUACAAGAAUUCACAAAAACGCAUUACUGUAAUCGGGGCUAAUUAACGUCAACUUUAAAGAAAACACUUUCCCCUUCUCUUCUUUCCUAUACUUUAACCUUGGUUAAAAAGAAACACUUAGAAUUAUCGGCAAUGGCUUUCACGGGAAAAUAUUCUUUUGCGCGACCCGGAAAACAAAUAAGUUUUAAUUAACCAUUUUUAAAUACAUAAAUGAUACCUAAUCAAAACGGAAGAGCACUUCAUCCUCUCGUGGCAAUUUUUACCCUUGCACGACCGCGUAGGAAAGUUUAAUUUGGUUAGAAGACUUUCUUAGCAUCCACGAACCUUGACACACUUAAACAGUACCAUAAUUAAGCAAUAAAAACGUUUUCCGUGUUUGCAUUGCCUGAUAUAAUUAUCCCAACCCCUCGAGUGUUUAUAUCAGGAUAUGCAAACACAGGAAAAAUGUUUCUAUUGCUUUUAUAAAAUAACUUUCACGAGAAAAAAAAACAAAACUCUCUUGCUUAGAGCAUUGACUAAAAGAGAAAUUCCUACUAGUCGCGAAGUCUUGUGCACGAAGCUUGUACGCGUAAUCAGUCUUUGUUUUACAAAAAAGAUGUUUUCCAAAAUACGGGUUUUUCUCGCUUAAAAUAGCUCAAGCGAAAACAAAUUGACACACCUUCUUUGUAACGAUUUUCCAAGUUUCAGCUGACGAAGGAAUGGGUAAAUAAAGUAAACGUUGUGGAAAACUUAGGAUAUCAGCAGCCGUAAUUACGAUAUAAUUGCGAGUCACUGCAUGAAGUUGAAUUCGUUUUUUAAAAAAAGCUAUAAAAAUUGAAACAGUGCGAAUACUUCUGGCCUCAAAGAUAGGACUCUAAAGCAUGACUGACAGGUGCAGGGGGAGUGAGGGGUCGGUGGAAUGGACGGAGAAAAGUAAUUCUCCCUUUUCCCUUUCGCGUUUUUUUUACCGCUCCCUCCCCUCCCCUCCCCAAUCCCCACUGUGUAGCGGCAGCCAAAGGACUUGCGUUAAAAUAAAGGCCCAAAGGGUCGUCCAGGCUCAAAUGAGUCUCAAAUGAACAAGCCGGACAUCACAUCCGCAUGUUUAUACAGCACAUUGCAAUUUCCGUUUUAGCUCCAACACGUCUCAUAUAAAAGCACACAAGGUUAUGCAGCACGUAUUAUUCUGCUGAAGACAACAUUAAGGAAUACUGUUUUAGUGCACAUAACAAAGUUGGUUCUCACAAUGCGAUUUUGGUUCAGCGCAGCUUUCUCUGUGACUCUCAUGGUGCACGCGGCUAAUGGCGCUAAAAUGACAAACACCUCGACUCCAGUUCGCACCAACGGAGAUGGUGAAACAAUUGUAUGCAACCAGUACAUUGGACAGGGAGUUGCAACAAGCGAAGCUAUCAAGAAACUUGAUGAAAAGUUAGACCAGCUAAUUAAACUGCUACAGCCCCCUGCUUUUCCAGGUAAGAUGCAUUCAAUUAUAGCUUCUAAUUUCCAUGACUUCAUCUACGAAAGUUUACAUUUUCUAUGUGAUACUAGUCAAUUUAGCAAUAAGUGCAAGGAAAUAGCGGGCAAAAGCAACCAUGACGACUUUGGCAAUAAGAAUAUCAAAAGCAAUUGGUUUUAUAAGCAAACAAAUUGCUCUGCACGUGCAUCACAUUUUUUGGUAUCUUUUUAUCGACGUCCACGGCUCCAGGAUAACAAAGAAAAGAAACCCUAAGCGCUUACCAUUUGUAUGGAAAAACCCGGAAAGUACAACAGUUAGCACAAAAUGAUCACAUGACCAUGCUGGCCACAUGAUCAGUGGUCAUGUGACCUAGUACAGUCGCCAUUUGGACAAAGACAACGAUGUUGAUGCUGUCGACUGAAACGACUAAUUAAAAGGAUUUACCUUGUUUAAUAAAUUCAUUUUUUGUGACAUACACUGUAGCUAAUAUCGUUAUCUUACUUCUUACAGCUUCAACGUGCAAAGACAUUUAUGAAAAGAAUUUGUAAGUACAAGCGAUAAAAAAUAACCUACUAUAAAAAGACACUGAGCCGAAAAUUUUGAAAUAUACUUUUAAAAUUUCUGAGCGUUCCGAACUAAAAUUGCUAAAAUUUCUUCUUAAUUUUCUCUACCAAUUGGCAAGUCAAACACACGAAAAUCGGGGAAGUCAAAGUUGAGAAGAUUUUCUGGAUAACAAACAAUGGUAACUGCUAUAAAAUCAGUAACAAAAUAUCGACGAAAUUAAAAUGAGAAAUAUAGCAGUAAAUCAAAUACUUAAACACCGAAGGUCGGUAUCAAACGAAGAAAAGAAACUUAAUGAAUUUAUUCAGGAGUGUUCGCUAUAGUCAAUUAUGAUUGUAGAGUACAAAAAGCAAACAUUGGUCCAGAAAUGGUAAAAUAAACUCAAAUAACGAUCACUACUUUUGUGCGAAGAAAAAAAUCAGGAAAAAUGAAAGCACUUACAAUUAACGAAACCCUCAAGAUGAAGGACAGUAUAUGAAUUACUAACUUAGUAGGAUUAAGUAAUUUAUAAUUUAAUUGGGAGCGACGCCCAAGACUUGUGACAAUAUAAACAAGGGGAAAAAAUUGAGACCCUAAAGAAGAGUUCUGCUUAUCGCCAAAGUCAGCAAUUACAGCGUCACUCGAUAUUCUUAGAUUUCCACUUAGGUUGUCCACUUGAUAUGAAAGACUUUCUCCUCAAUUUCUUUGGGGCCCAUUCUAAGUCAGCCUUUCUAUCACCCCGAAUGAGGCAAUUACUUCAGAAUGAGGUGAACCAAUGAAGUUUUAUUUUUUUAACCAGGUCUAAAGGAAACAAAGAGUACCUCCUGAACGUUGGAUCUGCGAAGAUUCCCGUAUAUUGUCACAUGACCAAGCAUGGGCUUGACGCAUGCGGAGGAGGAGGAUGGACGCUGGUUAUGAAGAUCGAUGGCUCAAAGGUAUUAAAAGUUCAACCUUAUCACAAGCAGCUCUGUCAGUUUGUCACUUAAAUUCACACUAUCAAUUAAGGUCAACAUACAGGGUAAUAGUGGAUCUAGUAAGUGUAGGUUUGAUAACUGUUAGCUCGAUGAUUUAUCAAUUCAGUGAAGACUAAGAUGCUGAUAUUAUAUUUGUCAAAUUAUAAAGGAGAAAAGCGAUACAUGUAGUACGUUAUCGGAAUAACUGACAUGAUGUUCCUUUUAAUUAGUUUAAUCAGAGAACCAUUCACUACAAGUAGCUCGGUCUCUUACCACCUAACUGCCACUAUACACUGGGGGUAGACUUUCAGUGCAAGUCAAGUGUCCAACACAAGUAGAAAAAAGUAAAUAUAGUACGUGUAGGUUUGAAAAGUGUCAGCUCAAUGAUGUAUCAAUUCACUGUACUAGUACCAGACAAGGUACUAAGAGAAUAAUAUCUGAGGACAAGAUUAGUAAACACCAAGAUGUGACUGUACCAUAUUUGUCGAAUGGAUAAAAGAGCAAAGCGGUAGCACUUUAUGUAAAUGGUAUUUCUUUUUCUUUUCCAAAUGCACCCAGAAAACCUUCCACUACAAUUCUAAACUAUGGAGCAACAAAGUCGACUUCAACCUUCCAGGAGGGAAGACUGGGUUGGAUACUCACGAGACCAAGUUACCGACUUAUUGGAACACACCGUUUAACAAGAUCUGUCUUGGAAUGAAGAUCGGUCAGCAGUUCAAGUCUGUUCUCAUCAACCAUCAAGCCAGAUCCCUGUAUUCACUGAUCGCAGAUGGCAAAUACCGAGCUACUUCACUGGGCCGUAACACAUGGAAGAAGCUUUUUGGGUCUCGGGCCUCUUUACAGACCAACUGUAACAAGGAAGGAUUCAACGCAAUUUGUACCGAUAGCAACGCCUCCAAAGCAAGAAUUGGUAUAAUUGGAAACAACGAAAAUGAUUGUAACAGCUGUGACUCCAGGAUCGGGUUUGGCACUGGAGGGUUCCAAGAUGACUCUAACACGUGUGGCAACGAAGCUGCCGGGGGAGAUAAUGGCGGCCAGCACAUUAAAGCGAUGGGAUACAUCUUGGUCCAAUAGGUUCGGCAGAACGCAGAACAAACCUUCGAAAGGCCUUAAAAUGAAGAAACUGUUGAUUCUUGUUAAAAAGCGGUUAAAAUGUGAAUCUAGGAUAAGGGAUUUGUAAGAAAGAGGUGAAAUAAAAUCCUGCAUUGAAAAGGCCAGAAAGUGUCUCUCUUUGAUAUGCUUCAGUCUUUUCAGUCUUUGUAUCACUUUGAGUAAACAAGCAUCGUCUCAGGUCAGAAAAACUUGCGUGCAUAAAUUUUUGUUAGACUGGGAGCAGUCUCUUAUUAUUAUUGUUAUUAUUAUUUUUGGAGUCACAAAAGAUCGAGAGGAGUGGUAAGCGGUGAAGCAGCGAGGAACGAAGGCGGAAGCCCAUGCCAAGAGGGAAAAGGACUGUCCCCGCCCAAGUUCUUCCCCAAUUUCUCAUACAUUUUAACAUGAUUUGCAUAAUGUCACUUUUUCGCUUGCCGCGCGUGGCUCUGAAGAAAGAAGGACGUCCGCUCAGAGACUAUUUUUUGUUUGAAUUAUUCCGUUGUUGCAAACGCAACUGAGCGACGUCACUAUACCUUUUCCUUCUUAUCACUUACACUAUCGUCAAGGAAACACCAUUAGCUUCCUUGAGCAGUGGUAUGACUAACAGUUUUGCGCUCCUCAACAAAAUAUACCCACAAAAAAUUUUUAAACAUGACUUUCAUGUUCGUAUUCCUGAAUAACCUUAGUUUACAAUGUCUAGUUCUAAAAACGUAAAAUGGUCGAAACACGUUGUAAAAGUAAAAACAUGCAUUUGCACCAUGUGAGCAGUUUCUCCUAUCCUUUUCGUUUACUAUUCAUUAUAAUUACUAAAAUAAAAAACAGCCAAUUCACGCCAAUUGUUUUAAGGUGUUUAAAUCUGUUUAUCCCCUAUUUUAAGAAUUUAUCAACUUGAAUCUGACGUUUGCCGUUUGCGGUCGUAAACUCUAAAUCCCUCUAAUGUUAAACUCGUUGGACAUGAGGCGAAUCAGCAGCAGCAGCUGUUCAUGGGGACCUGGAUGUCUACACUGGGAAUAAUCACAUUGUUAUUCGGGCAAAAAAUGCUUAGCGCGAGUUUAAGCUCAGUCACAAUCGCAAAAAGGCAACAAUGGCAAAAAUUAACAUUCCUUCAGCUUAGUCAACUUCUGAUCUCAAAAGUUGCUGUAUACUAAAAACACUGAUUCAUGAAUGCAGUUUUUACACAUUGAAUUUUACAAAGAACAUGCCUCUUUGGGCAGACCAUUAAAAAUAGUCCCACACAAGUUUUCAUGCUUACUGUCUUUCAUGAAAAGACUACAAAUAAAUCAUGCUUGAGCGCAAUUGCUAUCAAACGUAGUGUUAUUACUUGCUGUUGGUUUUUUGGUUUUCUUUUCAUAGUUCAAAAGGCGGCACGGACAAAGUUUUUAAGUGGAAAAACGCCCAACACGUCAACAGCAAAUAAUAAACGAAUUCACUGUGAUAGCCUCGGGAAGCUAUUCUUUUCAUAACUGCGAGUAAAAGUGCCAAAUUAAAUUUCUAAAUCCGUACGUAUAGUCCAAACUGUUCACAUUGACCAUUUUUAUAUUGCCCAUUAAACACCCUUCAGUCUACAAAGUUUUGCAUAUUAGCCGUUGUUUCUAAUUCUCCCUGGGUAUAACAGUCGUCCCAAGGGAAGUAGAGGACAAUGCUUUAUGCAAACUUUGAGGGCGUACAGCAAGGUGUAUUAUGGGUAAUGUGAAAAUGGUAAAUUUCCAUUAUCAGCAAAACAACUGCAUGACAACUGCACUGAUCGAGUCAGAAAAAAAAAUUAAAUUAAAUGGAUAAGUAAGAAGCACAACCUCUAUAGGUUACUUAGUCGCAACAUAGGCUAUCUCUUUCCUCCACAUAAACCAAUUACAGGAGAAAAUAUUUCUUUGCAAAUCUAUUCACGCUUUGUUAAAAACCAUUAAAAACGUACGAAAAAGACCUGUCAUUCCCAAAGAGAGUUACGCACCAUUGAAUCGAUCACUUUCUUAGUUACCCUGGCUCCAGAGGUGACGAGAGCAAGCUCUCGGGGAGACCGGGGUUUGAGGGAAAAUAAGAGUUUCUCCUUACCCUUCCCUCCCUCCUUCGCUCCCGCACGCAAAUGUCUGAUGUAUCCUUAGCCAGCCAUCCAUGUAGUGAUUAAAUAGCAAGCCAUAAAUUCAUUCGAGAAACUCUCAAUUACAACAAAAAACAUAACGAAGUUAAAGACAACUUGCCUAAAGGAAGGGAUAAUUUCAAACUAAUUCACGACUUCCAAUGCUUUAAUUAAGUCAUUUAUCAUUCUAUGAAUUUUCUGCUUUGUCUUAAUACGUAAAGGAACUGAGGCACGGCUAUAAACAGCCGUCUGCCUUCAACCACAAUUUUCGUCUAUUCUUACAAGUUACUCCCAUAGAAUUUAAGAGCUUUUCAUGAACAUUACUACAAAUUUAGCGUUCAAACUGCCAGCGCUUAUAGGUGAGACUUCACCGCCAUCAUUUCAAACGGAUACGAUGAACCAAGUAAUUAAUUAAUUAAUAUUUCGACUGGAAAAUUUUCUUGUCUUCAAUACGAGUCAAGACUAAGGUAAAAAAGAGACUCAGCAUUGCCGAGUACAAGUAUUCCGGUUCAAGGAACAUUACAGAAUAUUGUAGUUUACUCGAUAACAAACGCUUCAAUACAGCAAACAUUAAUCGAAAGAUGAGAUUUUGGUUCAUUUUAGCUUUUUCUCUGUUGCUCACGGCAAACGCAACGAAUGGAACGAAAAGUACCGAUGGCAAAUCAUUUGUCUGCAACCAGUACAACGGACAUAACUCUGAAACAAACCAAGCAAUCAAAAAAAUCGACAAAAAACUGGAUCAGAUAAUUGAAAUGCUACGGCCGUCUUCUAAUACCGGUAAGAAAUUCUUUGAACAGCAUUUUGUGAUGAAUUCAUUAUGAAAUAGUUCGAGACUUCAGGAGUGAUAAACCUGAAUACAAACCAUGAAAAAAUAUCUCAUAUCUCAAAGUGUUUCUUACAGAAUGGUGUGGAAAGUCUUCUUUUUACAAAUAACACGCUUUAUAUCCUUUUAUUUUCGGUCCCACAGCUUCAACGUGCAAGGGAAUCUAUACCAAGAACUUGUAAGUAUAUACGUCUACAAACAGUCAUAACAAAAACUUUCAGGAAAACAAAUUGGUUCCUGAAUAAAGUUCGUAUCGGUAAAUUUAUGUAACUACGAUGGAAAAUUAUCAUUUGUGGGUUUCAUUUGAUGUAGGCAAACAUUGCAGCGCUAAAAGCCCUUAAAACACUAAACCUUGAACUGAUUUAGAUUAGAUCUUUAAAAAAAGACUCCUUUAAGGACACAAACGAAAAACACAGAGAAUUGCUUCUGAAUAUUCUUCAGUAUUUUAAAAAAUAAAAAGUGAAAAUUGGUGCCCAGAUGGUUACAAAUAAACUAAAAUACAAAAGACAAUUUACGAAACACUCAAGCUGGAAGGAUAGUUUAUAAAUCACUAACUUAAGUGGAUUGAACAGUUAUCAUAUAUAUGGCGGUAAAGAAGAGUCCUUCUUAUCGACAAAGUCAGUAAUAACAACACUACACGAUAUUUCUAUAAGAUUAUUCAACUUCGACCAAACAUUGCUUAUCUGAUAAGACAGAUUUCUUUUACGAGAAUUCUGAUUUUCCAUGGCGUCCUAACUUUAACAGAAACAAACAAACAAGAUGGGAGUAAUCAGUAAAGUCAUGUUUUAACAGGUCCAGUGAAAAUAAAGCGUAUUUGCUUGAUGUUGGAUCUGCAAAGAUUCCCGUAUACUGUCACAUGACCAACCAUGGGCUUGAUACAUGCGGAGGAGGUGGAUGGACGCUGGUCAUGAAAAUCGAUGGCACAAAGGUAUUAAAAGUUAAAUGUUUUCACAAGUUGCCACGUUUGUCAUCACCUCAUUCCCAAUAUAAAGGUAAACUUACAAUGUAAGUCACAAGUCCACGUCAAAUGAAAGAAAAGGAAUCUAGUACGUGUAGGUUUGAAAAGUUUUAGCUUAAGUAGUACAAGCUAUGAAGAGAAUAAUAUGUGAGGACUUCGCAACAAGACCAGUGAAAACCAAGGCGAGACUGUAUCAUAUUUCUCAAACAGAUAAAACAGCAAAGUGAUAGUAUUCUUUAUGAAUGAGUUAACUGAUUUUUUUUUUUCUAGAAAGCCUUUCACUACAAUUCUAAAUUGUGGAGCGACAAAGUCGACUUCAAUCUUCCAGGAGGUAAGACUGGGCUGGACACUCACGAGACCAAGUUACCGACUUAUUGGAACACACCGUUUAACAAGAUCUGUCUUGGAAUGAAGAUCGGUUAGCAGUUCAAGUCUCUUGUCAUCAACCAUCAAGCCAGAUCACUGCAUUCACUGAUAGCAGACGGCAAAUACCGAGCUACUUCACUAGGCCGUAACACGUGGAAGAAGCUCAUUGGCUCUCGGGCCUCGUUACAACCCAACUGUAACAAGGAAGGAUUCAACGUUCUAUGCAUCGAUAGCAACCACUCCAAAGCGAGAAUUGGUAUCGUCGCAAACAAUCAAAAUGUCUGUAGCAGUUGCGACUCCAGAAUCGGGUUUGGCACUGGAGGGCUUUUUGAUGACUGCAACACGUGUGGCAACCAAGCUACUCACGGUGGAGAUAAUGGCGACCAGCACAUCAAAACGAUGGGAUAUAUCUUGGUUCAAUAA